CGCUUCCACAUGAUAUGUGUUGGGUUUUUCAUGCACAAAUGAUGAGCAGGAAAUGAUGAAUCUUCCAUAAAUGUUCACCUUGUCUUGAAUGAAUUAAACUCGUAGGUCUUUCAAUGAUAAUCCAAGUCGGAGAGGUGGCGGUGAGCAAUUUUUUUUCAUAGCAGAACGUUUCUGAAUACCAGAAUUAGAAACUAGGUGAAUAAAACACAUAGAGCGAGUCAUACAAGAAUAUAGAUCAGACAAUCUACGACAGGAGGCUAUUGUUUACGAACACGCUGUGGCUGACGUUCAUUGCGCCGUGCUUCUCUGUCCUGGGACACUCAACGGCCACCGCGACGGCAAAAGACAUUGUCUUUGUGUACCAGUUGCAAUUUGCGCAGUUUUUCCAAGAAGAGUCUCGGCUUCUAGCGGUGACUUCAUCUGGUGGGAAGGCCUCGUAGUGUGACGAGAACUUCUGUAGCAAAAAGAAUCACAUCUUGACGGGAUUAGAAGUAGUGGAAAAGUAAGUCGGACCAAGAGCACUCCCCGGCGAGAUCGCAUUCUACGUAUUGGACGUAGAGCAAAGCCGUCUAACGACUGGGUAUUAUAUCAUCAUCGUCAUCAUCUACAUCCUCAGCGACAGAACUCGGUCGAUCAUGGGAGGGAUAUUAUCAUUCCCGCGGUCAGCCUCUUCGCCUGCUGCUGAGGGUAUAUCAUUCAGCACGUAGUCAGUGAUACACUCUCCUGCCCCAUACACUCUCCUGCCCCAUACACUCUCCUGCCCCAUACACUCUCCUGCAUCAACCACUCUGCUGCCCCACCCACUCUGCUGCCCUACCCACUCUCCCGCCGGCCUACGUUUCAUAGAAACCAAGACGAACUCGAACAGCGCGAAGGCUAUGGUGAACCCGGCUGAGUUGCCGGUCGCCUGUCAGGCAGUGCAGUGUGCUAACAUUGCGGAUAUCUGCCCACUAGACAUCGUGUGGAAGCAAGGUGCUUGCUGCCCAGUCCUCUGUCAGACGGAAGUUAUGACCUGUAUCGUUCUUUGUGGUUCCACUUUCAGUUGAAUUUGCAUUUGCUGAUUUUUGAUGUCUAAUAGAUGUAGUUGGGAUCAUACGAUAGAUGAUAUGAAAGCGCCUAUUCGCCAGUCUUGAGGUCAUUUCUGCAUUAUCUAGAACUUCCAAUCGACAACUAACUAAGUAACCAGUUCAAGUCCUCAUCAAGAAUCACAUACACAGCACAAUCUACCUUCCUCUACUUCUCCACCCCUACUCUCAACAUCUAAGCACUGCUACGAGCCAGGAAUGAAGCCAGUGACAGAUGAGUAUCUGGUUGAGAUGUGGCAAGGUCGGCAAGAAGAAGUUGUAGACAUGGCUGUUGAAGUACUGAAGGGUCACAAGGGGCGAAUGUAGUGGUAGGAGUAUACUAAAAAAAAAUAAUACUUUUCAGUUUUGUGAUUAUACUACGGAAAAUUUGGAGGAUUUAGAUGAAGCCAAGUAAAAAUGACUGCGACAAGACGUCCUCUUUUAGAAAAUUUAGAAUAUUUAGAUUGAUAAGUAUUUAGAAAAAGUCAAGGUCAGUAUUAUAGUGUCCUCAUGAUCUGGCAACCACUCUAUUACAUACAUUUCGAAAAAGCGGAGAACAUCAUAUAGGAGGAACCUCUCGUCUGUCUACUUCUAGUACAAGAAUCUAUCGAUAUUUCAGCUGAAUGGAGCAUAUGGAUCUGUGAGGCGUCAUGUUUUUUUUCAGUUUAUUUGUUGAAACAGUUGUGUAACGAUACAAUCAACACGACGCCAUAUUUUUUUCCUUUUCCGCCUCAGGCGGCCUGGUUACCUACGUUGAUGAUAGUCAUCGUUUGUUUUCGAUCUUCGAGCAGUUUGUACCUUGAAGGUGAUGAUAAUUAUCAUUUGUUUUAUGUUGUUGUUCAUGAUAGUACCCAAGAUGCAGUCUUCAGAUGAAGCCUGGAUGUCAGACGUGGUCGAAAAAUUUCCAGUGGUCAUUCAUUCUACGAAGCUUGUCGUGGAUUCUUGUGCUUAUCGUUUCUGCAAGCGCGCUUACUCGUUUGUUUCGUCAGCUCAUGCUUGCGGCGUUUUUUCUCUGAGGUCGGCAGUGACGAAAAUAAUGCGUUUCGUUUUUCUCGCUAGACGAAUCUGGGUUUAUUAUAUUUAUAGUGAAAGCGCCAUGGACUAUGAGCAACGAGCGAGCGACGUGAGAGAACCCACUGUGACGGGAAAACAGAAGGUUGCAAAUUCUGACUAGAAACUUUUUCAGAAAUACUCGAAGAAAGACGCAAGUAAGACUCGAGUUCCUGUUUUCGUAGAGUGAAGAUAGCAG